CGGGUUGCCUCAGCCGGCUGCAGCGCGGAACAAGGCCCGCCAGUUGCCAGGGGAGUGACACGAACGGCCCAGAGAGAGGGAGCCCAGUGAGGCGGUCCCAGGCCCUCCUGGAGGAAGAGAGGGAGGGAAGAAGCCAGCCGGGCUCCUCCGCUCUCGCCUGCCCGCCUUCCUUCCCUCUCUUGUCUCUCCCCCCGCCGGGUAUUGACCUGGUGCAAAAUGGCCGAGAGAACAGCACGGGGAGUGGGAGACCAGCCGUGACUUGUUUUCCCGCCGAGGAGACGGAGGGGCGAGGAAGAAAGCGGCGAGAACCCGACUCUUCGCACCGACUCCAGCUCUCCCCCCCCCCGCUCCGGGCUAUUCAUGCCUGAGAAGGGGGGGCGCCAACAACCGGGCGGGUGGAGCUGAAGCAGCGGCGCUCGCCCCAAUCGGCGGAAGGGGAGGAGGGCGGCCGCUGCUUGAGCCCCUCGUCUGGGUCCCUCCUGGGGCAGGCCGAGCCGGGACUGGGCGACCCCUUCCCCCAAGGCGGGCGGCUCUUUCCCCCCCGGGCAGCAGCAGCAGCAACUGCAACCCCGCAGGCCCCGAAGCGAGCACCGGCGGCGGAAGGCUGCCCGGCGCUUGCUGCUCUUCUCCUCCUACCAGCUAGCCAUUGCCCGGCUCGCCUUGGCGCCCCAGAAGGAUAAGAGGAGGAAGAAGCGGCUCAGGAAGAGAGCCCCGUAGGCAGCGGGGGAAUGAACCAUCAGCCGCCGCCUCCGCCUCAGCAGGAGGGGAAAAUGUCCGCUUCGCCGCCGCCGGAGCCCGGCGAAGGGCUCAUCGCGGGGCGCCAAAGGAAGCUGGAGUCCAUGAUCCGGGAUCCCCGCUCUCCGGUCAAUGUGGAAAGUUUGCUGGAUGGUCUGAAUUCUUUGGUUCUUGAUCUGGAUUAUCCAGCUCUGAGAAAAAACAAGAACAUAGACAACUUCCUAAAUAGAUUUGAGAAAAUUGUGGAAAAAAUUCGAGCAUUGCAAAUGAAAGCUGAAGAUUAUGAUGUUGUUAAAGUGAUUGGAAGAGGAGCGUUUGGAGAAGUACAGUUGGUGCGUCAUAAAACAACCCAGAAGGUUUAUGCAAUGAAACUCCUUAGUAAAUUUGAAAUGAUCAAAAGAUCCGAUUCGGCCUUCUUCUGGGAAGAAAGAGAUAUAAUGGCCUUUGCCAACAGUCCAUGGGUAGUUCAGCUUUUUUGUGCCUUUCAAGAUGACCGAUACUUAUAUAUGGUAAUGGAAUACAUGCCUGGCGGAGAUCUUGUGAACCUUAUGAGCAAUUAUGAUGUGCCUGAAAAGUGGGCCAAAUUUUAUACAGCUGAAGUUGUCCUUGCGCUUGAUGCAAUUCACUCCUUGGGAUUAAUACAUAGAGAUGUGAAACCUGACAACAUGCUUUUGGAUAAAUAUGGACAUCUGAAGUUGGCAGAUUUUGGCACUUGUAUGAAAAUGGAUGAAACAGGUAUGGUGCGUUGCGAUACAGCUGUUGGAACACCUGACUACAUAUCACCUGAAGUAUUAAAGUCACAAGGGGGUGAUGGUUAUUAUGGACGGGAAUGUGACUGGUGGUCUGUAGGAGUUUUUCUGUUUGAGAUGCUAGUUGGGGAUACUCCAUUUUAUGCUGAUUCAUUGGUUGGGACAUAUAGUAAAAUCAUGGAUCACAAGAACUCAUUACAUUUCCCGGAUGAUGUAGAAAUCUCUAAACAUGCAAAGGACCUUAUCUGUGCCUUUUUAACAGACAGGGAGGUGCGUCUUGGAAGGAAUGGCGUAGAAGAAAUUAAAAACCAUCUGUUCUUUAAGAAUGAUCAGUGGAAUUGGGAAAAUAUUCGAGAAACUGCUGCACCAGUUGUACCUGAGCUCAGUAGUGACGUAGAUAGCAGCAAUUUUGAUGACAUCGAAGAUGAUAAAGGAGAUGUUGAAACAUUUCCAAUCCCCAAAGCCUUUGUUGGAAAUCAGCUACCUUUUAUAGGAUUUACCUACUAUAGAGAGAACUUGUUGCUAAGUGACUCUUCUCAGACCUGUAAGGAAAAUGAAUCCUGUAGGAAAAAUGAGUUUACACAAUUUCAGAAAAAAGUAAACAAGUUAGAAGAUCAACUUCGUAAUGAAGUCCAGAUCAAAGAUGAGCUGGAGCAGAAAUGCCGAACUAUUAAUAAUCGCUUAGAGAAGAUAAUGAAAGAAUUGGAUGAGGAGGUAACCUCAAGAAAGAAUGUAGAGUCUGCACUGAGACAGCUGGAAAGGGAAAAAGCUCUUCUCCAGCAUAAAAAUGCAGAAUACCAGCGGAAAGCUGAACAUGAAGCAGAUAAAAAACGCAAUCUGGAAAACGAUGUUAAUAGUUUGAAAGACCAGCUUGAAGAUUUGAAAAGGCGAAAUCAGAACUCUCAGAUAUCAAACGAAAAAAUCAACCAGCUACAAAGACAGCUGGAUGAAGCCAAUGCUUUGCUGCGUACCGAAUCUGAUACGGCAGCCAGGUUCAGAAAGAGCCAGACAGAGAGCACAAAGCAGAUUCAGCAGCUGGAAGCUAAUAACAGAGAUCUGCAAGAUAAAAACUGUGCACUGGAAAACGCUAAACUCAAACUUGAGAAGGACUUCCUCAACCUACAGUCUGCUCUAGAAUCUGAAAGGAGAGAUCGGACUAAUGGGUCAGAGAUUAUCAGUGAUCUGCAGGGCCGAAUAUCUAGUUUGGAAGAAGAAGUAAAAAAUGGGAAGAGUACAUUAACUAAAACUGAAACAGAGAAAAGACAAUUACAAGAAAGAUUCACAGAUCUGGAGAAGGAGAAGAGCAACAUGGAAAUAGAUAUGACAUACAAGCUAAAAGUCAUGCAGCAGAACUUGGAACAAGAAGAAGCUGAACAUAAAGCAACAAAAGCUCGGCUAGCUGACAAGAAUAAAAUCUAUGAGUCUAUUGAGGAAGCAAAGUCUGAAGCAAUGAAAGAAAUGGAAAAGAAGCUCUCGGAGGAAAGAGUCUCAAAGCAAAAAGUAGAAAACUGCUUGUUGGAAGUCGAAAAACGUUGCUCUAUGUUGGACUGUGAUCUAAAACAAUCACAGCAGAAAAUAAAUGAACUGCUUAAGCAAAAAGAUAAAUUGAAUGAGGAUGUUAAAAACUUGACUUUAAAAAUAGAACAGGAAACACAAAAGCGCUGCCUCACACAGAAUGACCUCAAGAUGCAAACGCAACAAGUCAAUGCAUUGAAAAUGUCAGAGAAACAGCUAAAACAGGAGAAUAAUCAUCUUGUUGAAAUCAAACUAAGUUUGGAAAAACAAAACAAUGAACUCCGAAAGGAACGCCAAGAUGCUGAUGGACAAAUGAAGGAACUUCAAGAUCAGCUUGAAGCAGAACAGUAUUUUUCAACGUUGUACAAGACACAGGUUCGAGAGCUGAAAGAAGAAUGUGAAGAGAAGACAAAACUUUGUAAGGAAAUGCAGCAAAAGAUACAAGAGUUGCAAGAGGAAAGGGAUUCCUUGGCCGCACAACUUGAGAUCACUUUAACCAAAGCAGAUUCAGAACAGUUGGCUCGUUCCAUUGCUGAAGAACAGUACUCAGAUUUGGAAAAAGAAAAGAUCAUGAAAGAGUUGGAGAUUAAAGAAAUGAUGGCUAGGCACAAACAAGAACUUGCUGAAAAAGAUGCCACAAUAGGAUCUCUUGAAGAAGCAAAUAGGACACUCACUAGUGAUGUGGCUAACCUUGCAAAUGAGAAAGAAGAACUGAAUAAUAAACUUAAAGAAGUCCAGGAGCAAAUUUCCAAAAUAAAAGAUGAGGAAACAAAUAUAGGACUUAUUAAGACUCAAUAUGAGAAACAGUUGUUUACUGAAAGAACCCUGAAGACACAGGCUGUUAACAAGUUAGCUGAAAUUAUGAAUCGUAAGCAUCCUGUCAAACGAGGCGCUGACACUGAUGUCAGAAGGAAAGAAAAAGAGAACAGGAAACUGCACAUGGAGUUGAAGUCUGAGCGUGAAAAAUUGACACAGAUGAUGAUAAAGUAUCAGAAGGAGAUUAAUGAAAUGCAAGCACAAAUUGCAGAAGAGAGCCAGGUAAGAAUAGAACUGCAAAUGGCCCUGGACAGCAAGGACAGUGAUAUUGAACAGCUUCGGUCACAGCUUCAGACAAUACACAUCGGUCUGGACAGCACCAGUAUAGGCAGUGGCCCUGGAGAUGCAGAAGCUGAUGACGGAUUCCCCGAAUCACGAUUGGAAGGUUGGCUCUCUUUGCCUGUCCGAAACAAUACCAAAAAGUUUGGAUGGGUUAAAAAGUAUGUAGUUGUAAGCAGCAAGAAGAUCCUCUUCUAUGACAGUGAGCAAGAUAAAGAACAGUCAAACCCUUACAUGGUGCUAGAUAUAGACAAAUUAUUCCAUGUACGGCCAGUGACACAAACGGAUGUAUACAGAGCAGAUUCCAAAGAGAUUCCUAGGAUUUUCCAGAUCCUGUAUGCUAAUGAAGGAGAAAGCAAGAAGGAACAAGAAUUCCCUGUAGAGCCAAUGGGGGAGAAGUCCAAUUACAUUUGCCACAAAGGACAUGAGUUCAUACCUACCCUGUAUCACUUUCCAACCAACUGUGAGGCUUGUAUGAAACCACUGUGGCACAUGUUUAAACCUCCUCCUGCAUUAGAAUGCCGUCGCUGCCAUAUCAAGUGUCAUAAAGAUCAUAUGGAUAAAAAGGAAGAGAUUAUAGCACCUUGCAAAGUAAAUUAUGAUGUUUCAACGGCAAAGAAUCUACUUCUGUUAGCCAAUUCUACAGAGGAACAGCAGAAAUGGGUGAGCCGCCUAGUGAAAAAGAUUCCAAAAAAGCCUCCAGCACCAGAUCCUUUUGCACGAUCUUCUCCAAGAACUUCCAUGAAGGUACAGCCAAAUCAAUCUAUUAGACGGCCAAGUCGACAGCUUCCUCCAAACAAACCAAGAUUGCUUGAUUUGGCAUUUAAAGACUGGGAUUGGUCAUUUGAUGAUGUUGAUGAUAUUGAUGUUGAUGGUGAUGAUGAUGAUGAUGAUGAUAACGAUGUGUUUGAUUUCUGAAGAGCAAAAUGGGCUAACUGCCUUCUGUAAAUGCAGUCACUGUUGAAGGUGAUUUUCUUCCCAUUGAAAUGACUGAAACGCUGUAUCCCACAACUAAUGAUAAAUAUAUAUCUAUACAACUAUUUAUAUAUAGCUGUCCUGAAAGACAGUUAUAUAUAAAUCUAUAGCAGAGGUUUACAGGGAGGAUUUUUUUUUGCUGCAAUACAAUUUACUAAUAAUUCCUGAGGAUUUUUUUUUAAUGUGGCUCCUUUGCAUGACUGAUCACAUUAGGAAUGGGCUGUAACUGUACAAAGAUACUCUUAAAUUCUGCUCUUCUGCCUGUCUUGGAAGAACUCACACUACAUUUCACAAAAGGAUUAGAAAGUGCAGGAAUACAAGAAGAAUCCAUCCCUUAUCCAGCUUCAGUAAAGAAAUGCCACCAGCAAGGUUGCGAGAAGAAAUGGGGUGGGGUGCGGGAGGGAGAAGAAAAGAGUCUGUCACACUGAUGACUGAAUCCUGAAAAAGUGACCAUAUACUGUGUGUGUGUGUUUGUGUAUGUGUAUAUAUGUAUAUUGUAUUGUACUGUAAUGCUGCAAGAGGGUUUAAAAAAACUUUCCACUUUAUUUUUAUACAUAUUAAUCACAUCCCAUUCACUGCAGUUGCAACUAUGCACUUGUAUAAAGCCAUAUUUUUGAAAUUCAUAUCAUUCAUUCGUGUAUAUUGAAAGCUGCAUGUCUGCGUUCAGCAGAUUAAGUAUAAGAAGAGUUCUAAGCAGAUGCUCGUUUCAUUUACUUUUUAAUGAGCAAGUCCUGUUUUACUGGUCUUGAAUGCCUUAAGUUAAUUUUGUUCCCUUUAAAGUCUAUGCCCAUUCUAGAUAUUUAAGAGAAAAAAAAUAGAGGUUUACCAGCUCUUAGAAUGCAAUUUUGCUUUGUUGCAGAAAAAUAUAGUGCACUAUGUUUACAUAUAAUAGUUUAUAUCAAUGUCAGUCUAUUCUGAAUGUAUAUUGAAUGGGUUUGGAAAGGAAGGAGGGAUCAGUCCAAUACUGAUUGUCUUGCCAAGAAGCAAGAGGUUCUUUAGGAUUUGACAUUAAUAAGCAUGCCAGUGUGGAAGGAAAGCAUUUUUUUAAAACAAAGCGAGUAAAAGACAGAGACAUAAAUGCAUAAUCAAGACAAGAGUAUACAUACAAAGAAAUAGCAGGGAGAACAUACAGCAUUUCAGCACAAUAGCAUAGCAUAACAGAACAGAGGAAAUAUACACAUAAGACCUGAUAAUUUGCAAUGCCAACUUCAGUUGUCUGGGACCCCAAAAGACAACAGGCAGACCCCUAUGGCCAAUUUGUGCCCAGCAUGUUACUGGUCUAUUUGGGCUGAAGUCCAGUUUGAGAGGGAAUUUACUAAGACUUGUAUAGGUUAAACUUACAUAUGCCCCCCCCUACAUUAAUCCUGCUGUUUAAAGAUAAGUUGAUUGUCACAAAGGGAAGGUUCAAGACCAAAACAUGCUCUCAAUGUCCAAGGCCAGCUGAUAAAGGGGGUACCCUGGCACCGGUUCAAGAAAUGAUUGCCUGCCCCCCCUUUCAGUCAGGUGUAUUAAUUUAGUAUCCUUGGGGCCACUUUGCUUGACCUCUUUGGGAGUCUAUAUACCUUGUACUUAAAACACCAGCAAGGCCAGAGUUUAUGUCAGCAGAAAACAGUAUAGCUUAGCAAGGCAUAUUCAAGCAAGAAAUCAUAUUCAGGCCCUGGCAUGAACAGGGCAAGAUGGCAGAACUGUUGAUACACCAACUAACUCCUCGAUAUACAAUAUUCUUGUGCAAUGUCACUACACUGAUUUUCAAAUCAAUGAAUUGGUAGUAUUACAACAAAUAUAUAGCUUUCAUACAUAAGUGUAACUUUUCCACUGAAUCCUUUUUACAAACCUCAAUAUUUGCCAUUGACUGUAUAUUCCCCUAACUAAGUGCUACAAAACUUCAUUCUGCCUUUUUUUUUUUUUGCAAACUAUCAAAGUGUGUUUAUUUCUGGAAAAAGAUCUAGCUAAUUUUGCAUUCUCACCAAACAAUAUCUAAGGACUGUCAGAAACCCUGAAUUAUUGAAACAUACUGUAGAUGUAUUUUAAACUUUUAAAAAAAAUCUUGUUCUCUUAGCACAUAACUGUAGGAAUAGGAAGAUAAUUUCAGCUAUGUGUUUUUGAGAACAUCGCUGGGAGGAAAAGGCCUUGAAGGCACUUGAUCUGAUUUUUUAUUUUAAUUUUGUUCAAAAUAUACUUUGUGACCUCAUUUAUGCAAUGUCCGUAAUUUAUCCCAGAAAAUGCAUGUUUUAUACAACUACAGUAUGCUAUAAUGUUAAACAUGUUGGCAGUAAAAAAAAAAAAAGAAAUAUUGUAGCCUUCUCCUCGGUCUCUCUUUUUUAAACUUAUACACAUAUAUGCAUAUAUAUGUUGUGUGUUAUAGUGUGCUAAUGAAAUAUAUAGAAUGUAACGUUUCAAUGAAGGAAAUAAGACAUUUCACUAGAUUUGUUUUCUUUACUAACAGGAACUAGGUAUUUGGAAGGAGAGAACCAGGAAUUGUGUAACAUCACAACUAUGAAAAUUGGAGUUGGGCUCAUCAGAGCCUUGUAGAGAACAAUUCACCAAGCAGGACUGCUUUGCAAUUCCUGUUUGCUUUAAUGGGGCUUUUGCAGGAGUAUGAUACAACAGGUUUAAUUUCACAGUAUGCUGGCAUCCAUUCCUGUGCUUAACCCCAUUGAAAUUAAUAGGAAUUGAGAGAAGAUCCCCGUAGAUUGAACCUGUAAGCACCUCUUUCCACUAAUACAUUUUGACUUACCAAAUGUAUAGUCAAUUAUAUCAUUUAUGCGCAUGUUUUUUUUAAAAGCUGUGCAUCCCAUCAUUUAAACUAUACUAUACUUUUUAUCAUUUCAGUUAUCCUUGAAGCCCCAAUGCUCACCAAAGGAGUGUUAAUCAUUUUGCCUGCUUGCUUUGAACAGCCAGAGUACAGCAUAUUUUAAGAAAUGCGUAUUUUGCAUACAAAACUUAUUUUUAAAUACGUGGACAAUAAAAACUGUUUCCAUUCACUGAAGGCAUACAUAUUUUAUAUAUAAAUUGUUAAUUGUGGGAAGUUCUGAAUUGGAGAAAAAAUAUAUUUUUAAAUAAACUAUUUGAGUAAGAUAAAAAUCA